AUGGGUGGUGAUGUUAAACAGAACUUCAAAACCUCUGCUAUAGUUGAAAUAAAUCUUAACAGUCUGGAUGAAUCAUCUGAUGGAUGUGACAAUAUAAUUGACAAUCCAGAUGAUAUAAUUAAUAUUGAUAAUACAUCCUCGAGUUUAGGAAAACGCGUACGUAAAGAUGAAGAACAUGAUGGAACCAAAAAAAUAAUUAUAGACUUUUCUAAUCACCCAUUAUUGGAGACAUAUUCCAAGUUACUUUUUAAUUUACAAAACCAUCAUGUGGAGGAAGACUCCCAACGUGCACGGCACUUGUCCAUAAUGUUAGAAUGGAGUGUAGUAAAUUAUGAACUGUUCAAUGAAGCAGGUUGGAUUGAAACUAAACUUUUGUCACCUGACCAAAUGCGAGAGGUUCUUGACAAACUUGCUAGAGAAACCACCCUCUCUAGUUUGAGCUUUCGAGAUGUUGACUUUCAUCCAGAAAUCUCUUAUCCUCGAUUGGCUGACCGAGUGAUAUUUCGAUUAGCUUUUGCUGCAAUGUUGUCAGAUAUUUUUUAUUCGUCAUUUCAAGUAUUGAACUUGGUUGUGACAACCUCUGGUACAUUAUGUAUUUUAUCAACCUGGGGAUGGGUAUUUUCUACUCUCAUUUCGGUUUUCUUUAUUGAUUGUAUUGCUAUAAACUUACAAGUUAUUUUUCUACACGAAUAUGAAGGUCGACGUGAUUUAGAAAAAUACUAUUUUAUACUUCCAAGUGUGUUUGCUUUGACUUUAUCCUUACUUCCAUUGACACAAGAUAUGUACGGUUUUGAUAUACCUGAACAGAUUUGCUGGUAUCGUUAUUCCGGAACAACAUUAAGUAUUGUAUGGCAAUGGUCAACUUUGUUUAUUUGGCAACAAAUUUCUGUGUUAUAUUGUAUCAUAAUACUGUUCGCCGUCACUUUAAAAUUACGUUAUGCGUCUUCGCAAUUUAAUAAAGCAGGUACACUUAUAACAUCGGUGGUUAGAAAGGUGUUGUGGUUUCCAGUAGUUCCUCUGAUCAGUCAAACUCCAACUUUCUUGGCUGAAACCGAUAUGUAUUUUAGUAAGAGCAUUAAAUAUGAACUAUUACUGUUUGGUUUUGUUGCUGCUUCGAUUCAAGAUUCAAUUGAACUUGAUAUGAUGGUAUUAAACAUUAAUGACGAGAAUGACGAUGACAAUAACGAAAUAAUCACCAAUAAAAAGCCAACAACAACAAAUAAUAUUAGUAAUGAGAUAGAUCAACAAGAUCAAGAGCGAUUUUCAUCAUCCAAUUUAUCUAAUCCGCUUUUAAUUCCAAAGCCAUCCUUAGUUGAAACAUUAAAAUACCAUUUGUUAAUUCGUCUAUUUGAUCAACCAAAAAAUCUUGACGAAUUUGUUAUUAGCUUCGUGCAAACAUCAACAACAUCAACCGUCAAUAACAAUUUAAAAAACACUUAUUCAAAAAGAGGCAAUGUCGAAAUAAUAAAUUUAAAAAAAACAAGAAAAUCAUCAAGUAUAGAAAUUCCAUCUUCUUCAGACUCGAUAAAUAACAAUCAUGAUGUUGCAGUCACUGGACAACCACAAGAAGAAGAACAAAACAAAAAGAACGAAGAAAAAGAAAACGCCAAUCCUACCAAGAUAAUAAAUUCUAAUAAUAAUGAUGAUAAUGAUGAUGAUGAUGGUGAUAUAAUAACAAAUAAAUCUUUCUCGCACUUAAAUCAUAAUAAAAAUACAUCAAAUUCAAUAAGCUCAAUCAAUUCGUCUAUUUAUAGUAGUUGUUAUAGCGGUAAUAGUAUAAGAGGUUCAAAUCAACCCGUCAACAAAACCAAUAAUAAUGAUAAUAUUCAUAUUCAAUUUACGGCAGUAAAUGAAAAUACUAAUUAUGAUGGAAUAACUAUUAUUAAUAUUGAUAAAGUUGAAGAUAUUGUUGAAAAUAAUAAUAAUAAAGAAAAAGAAGAUAACGAUGAUGAUGGUGAUGAUAGUAAAAUUAAUGAAAUUAUAGAAAUUAUAAGUAAUUCUCGUAAUGAGGAUAAUAUUAAUAAGGUUAUUCAUGGCUCUGUUGUAAUGCCAUUGUUGGGAAACGCGACCAUAAAAGCUGAGCUUGGACGUAGUAGUUGGAAGUUAUUACAUACAAUGAUGGCAAGAUUUCCUGAACAUCCUACAGAAGAUCACAAGCAAGCAUUAAGAAGUUUUAUUUAUUUAUUUGGUAGAUUAUAUCCUUGUGGUGAAUGUGCCACAGAGUUUCAAGAAAUUCUUAGUAAAUAUCCCCCCCAAGUAUCAUCAAGGGAAGCUGCAUCUCAAUGGGCAUGUGCUGUUCAUAAUAUUGUUAACAAAAGGUUAUAUAAAAAAAUAUUUGAUUGUGGAUUAAUUGCUGAAAAAUAUAAAUGUGGUUGCGAUGAUGAUGGUGGUGAUGUUUCAACAAUCAAAAAUUCCAUUAAUAAUAAUGGCACUAUCACCACUACCACCACUACUAUUAAGGGCUUUACUACUAGAAAACCGAAACCUUUACCACAAUUAGAAAAAGAAAAGGCUAAACGUGUUUUCUAUGGGGUGGUUGGUGUUUCAAUGUGGAUAGUGGCGACUGUUUGUUUUUUUAAUUAUGAACGUGUCAACAACAAUAUAAUUCAAACAAGUCUACUUCAUAUUAAAAAGAAUCCAUUAGCCAUAGAAACUUUAGGGAAUAAUAUUGGUUUUUCUUCAAGUUGGCCUUGGGUUAUUGGAAAAGUUAAUAUUUUGAAAGGAAAGGUGGAUGUGAAAUAUUCUGUGAAAGGAAAUAAAGCUAAAGGUAAAAUUCAUUUUCGUGCAAUCCGUAUUCCAUUGGAAAGAAAUUGGAAAGUCUUGGAAUUUUCAUUGACAAAAGACAAUGGAGAAGUUGUCUUGCUUAAAUUACCAAACGAACAAUUUUUUCAUACUUAA